UCUCCGUUGUUGCUGAGGUCUUCUCAUCCUUCCAAAGAGCACAACGAUCCUUUCUUUCAUUGCAAACUCCUAAUUGAAUCCAAACUCUCCAUCUCUUGAUUUCCUCAUAUAAUAUAUAUUACUAUAUAAGUAAGAAUGUCGAAGAAGUUCUGAAUAUUGUAGGCUGAUUUUGUUCUGGCAUUUUUACAAACACCCAGUGAACAAAAAUGGCGCUUCCCUAUACCCAUCACUAUAAGCUUUCUUUCUCUGCUCUGAACUUAAAGAAAUCUGGGACUUCGCAUUUGCAGCCCAUUUGUUGUGUACAGUGCAAUUCCAAUGUGUCGUCUUCGCCGUUCACGGAGAAACACUCGAUGCAGCGGUACCAAAGGGACCAGUGGGUCUACAACAACAGCCAUAAUAGUCAGCAGCUUCUAUCUCUCAACAGUGAUGAUCAAGUCGCCUCUUGCUCCUUACCUUCUGAUGGAGAUUCCAUUAGGUUAAAUGACAUCGCUUUGCAGCUGCCGGAGCUCAGGAAGUUGCUUGAAGUUUUGAAGCAUAAGAGAGAGAGCCAUGGCGGCCAAGUGCCCGAGAAUGGACCGGGAAAUGUCUUCUUGGUGGGGACUGGGCCUGGAGAUCCCGAUCUCUUGACGUUAAAAGCUGUCAAAGUCAUUCAAAAAGCUGAUCUUUUAUUGUACGAUAGGUUGGUGUCUAAUGCUGUAUUGGACUUGGUUGGUCCCGAUGCCAGGCUUCUAUAUGUGGGCAAAACUGCAGGCUAUCAUAGUAGAACUCAGGAAGAAAUCCAUGAGUUGCUUCUGAGUUUUGCUGAAGCUGGGGCUAAUGUGGUCAGACUUAAAGGAGGGGAUCCACUGGUAUUUGGAAGGGGUGGAGAAGAAAUGGACUUCCUGCAGCAGCAAGGGAUUCAGGUCAAGGUUAUCCCUGGUAUGACACUGUAUACUGCUGCUUCUGGAAUAUCAGCCGAGCUGGGCAUUCCUUUGACCCAUAGAGGUGUGGCAAUUAGUGUAAGAUUUCUCACAGGUCACUCGAGAAAAGGUGGAACAGAUCCUCUUUUUGUUGCCGAAAAUGCUGCUGACCCUGAUUCAACGUUAGUGAUUUAUAUGGGCCUUUCCACCCUCCCUUCUCUUGCCCAAAAGUUGAUACAUCAUGGCCUACCACCAGAUACACCAGCCGCUGCAGUUGAGCGAGGAACCACACCUCAACAGCGCACGGUCUUUGCAGAACUUAAGGAUCUUGCCGAUAAAAUCAAAACAGCAGAGUUGGUGUCGCCGACACUAAUCAUAAUCGGGAAGGUUGUCGCCCUUUCACCAUUUUGGCCGCAGUCUUCAAAAGAAGCAUCCCGACUUGUUGAAGCCUAACUAAAAGGACAUAAAAUUCAUAGGCUGCUUUUAAGGUGUAAGACAAACCAGCAUUUGACACUUCUUGCACUUGUCAUGUCAACAAGAAGCAGCCACUAAAUUUCAGUGCUAAUUUUAUUUGUUAUUUGUUUUGA